AUGAACAAGCUCGGUUUGGACUUUAAUGGCUCGCUAAACAAAGUCUUUGAGGCCAUCAGGAUCCAUGAUGCUAUCAAGAAGUCAAGUCGAUACACAGCUUUAGGAGAUCCCGCCUUUUUGAUUGAUGCCAUAUCUGGCCGUGCCGCAACUAGAUGUGAUGUGCAAAGGACUCCUUAUGUCAAGGCGGUUGCUGGGUGGGCGGAUGAUCGACCAUGCCCUAGACAAGAAUAUGAUCCGCGAGCGAACUGUUACGGCUCCAAGAUCCGAAGGCUACCUGAAGUGACGACGACGAUGAUGAUGAAGAUGACUCGUUCGCUCGGGCAAUAA